AUGCAGCGCGGCAGAAAACCCUCCAGAGGAGGUAAAUCCGGUGGGAGUGAUCGGAUUACAGGAGUUGAUCGGGUCAGCAAUCUACCGGAAGGACUCAUAUCCCGUAUUUUGUCGUACCUUCCCGCAGAAUAUGCAGUUGCAACUUGCAUUUUGGCCAAAAGCUGGAGAUCCCGCUGGACUAAACUAAGCAACUUUGAUUUUAAUGAUGAAUUGUGGCUUCAGAGCAAUAGUGUUAAAUCUGAAAUGCGUAGGCUAGGUUAUUAUGUUCCAAAUAUGAGUUUUGGGAAAGUUGUUGACAUGGUUUUGCGCCGUGCGGGCAAUCAGAAUCAUGCUGAAUCCUCCUCCAUUGAUAGGUCGCUUCAACGCGGGUUGAAUUAUGGUAAUUUUGAGUUUCAGUUACCAAUGGCACUAUCCACUUGCGGGACACUAGAAGUUUUGAAAUUACGUGGGCCUUUUCUGGUGAUAGUUCAUCAUGUGGUCUGUCUUCCAAAACUUACUCUGUUGGAAUUGGAUUUUGUUAAGUAUGAAUUGGUUAGAAAUAAUGAUUCGGAUGUGUCUCUCAGAAACCUUAUAUCUGGUUGUCCAGUGCUUGACUCUUUGAGGAUUCACAGGCUUCAUUACGAUGGCAUGGUUGUUUGUUCUGUUUCCUCCCCUGUACUCAAACGUCUUGAGUACAGUCAUCAUAUGUGCAAUGGUAAUUGUGAUAAGUGCGAUGAAAAUAUGUAUUUCAAGUUGGAAAUCGAUACGCCUGCUCUUGAGUAUCUCGCCUUAGAUGACGGGUAUGUGUUGAAGGAGAUAACUUUUCCGCGAAAGCCAGUAUCUUUGAAUGCAGUGGUUCUUAAAUUUACCUCACCCAAUCUCACUGCUGGGUUACUUCAAACCUUUACUGGUGUGGAGUUUGUCGAAUUAUCAAGAGGAAUCACUGAAAAGCUUAGCGCGGGCAACUACAAAUUGUUUGCAACUUUUGAGAGGCUGACCAGAUUGCUAAUCAUCAUUGACGAUUCUCAGUUGAGAUGGCUGAUGGAUUUGAUUAGUUUCUGUGCCAAACUGAAGAUACUUGAUAUUCAUAAGCGCUCAUUUACAUCAAGUAGGGAUACAUGGUGGAAGGAUCCUAAUGAUGUUCCCGAAUGCUUGCCAUCCAGUCUGGCGCGGUUUCCAUAUAGAGGAUUCCAAGGCCUUGAAGAUGAGAUAGCCCUAGUGAAGUUUGUUUUGAGGCAUGCUUUAGUGAUGGAAAUGGUCAAUAUACCUUCUCCUCCUUGGGAGAAGGAAAAGUUGACGAGCUCUAUGGCUUCAGCGAGUAAGAACAAGAAGCCAACCAAAAAGAGGCAAAAGUGUAAGGACGGCGGCGGCGGCGCUGAGGAUCGGAUUAGCUAUUUACACGAACCUAUCCUUUCGCACAUUCUCUCUUUCGUUCCCAUCGUAUCAGCUGUCCGAACCAGCGUUCUGGCCAAAAGCUGGAGAUACCGAUGGACUAAUGCAACCAACUUUCACUUUGAUGAUUACUUGUGGGCUAAUUUAAAGAGGGAUAAGUACAGGAGGCCUAAGCUUGGUCUUCCAAAGAUUAGUUUCGGGGAGUUUGUUGACAUUGUUUUGCGCAAUCAGAAUGCCGAGUUCUCCAUCAACCAGUUUCAUGUCCAAAUAAACAAUCACAAAUACGACCCGGAGUACCCUGGCGUUUGGGUUGCCACAGCCAUUGCUCGUAAUGUUCGAGUUCUCGAUUUGAGCAGGCCUUUGUACUAUUCCGACUUGCUGGAUUUAGGUAACCAUAAAUGCGUUAAUUAUAAGUUUCCGUUGCCACCCGCACUCUUCACCUGCGCCACUCUAGAGGUUCUGAAGUUACGAGGUUCUUUUCUCGUAGUAGUCGACAAUGUGGCAUGUCUUCCGAAACUUACACUUCUGGAUUUACAAUAUGUUAGGUAUCAAUCCAUCAUUAGUGGAAAUGAUUCGGUUGAGUCUCGUAGUAACCUUAUAUCCGGUUCUCCCGCACUUCAGUCCGUCAUAAUCAGGAGGCGUUACUAUGAUGGGAUGCCAAUUUGUCAAGUUUCGUCCCCUUUACUAAAACGUCUUGAGUAUCUCCAUGACAUGGUUUUCCAUUGUGAUGGUGAUCCUGAUCCUUUUCGUUUCAAGUUGGAAAUAAAUGCACCUUCCCUCGAGUACCUUUGCUUCUAUGUUGAGGAACUUGUGUUGGGUGAUUUAGUUUUCGCACGAGCACCCACCUCUUUGAAUGAAGUCUUUCUUAAAAGUACUCAUGACAAACGACUCACUUUUGAGUUACUUCAAGCCGUUAAUCGUGUGAAGAUUAUGACAUUUUCGUUGGCUACCACUUACUUUCUUAGUACCAUGCUGAUCACCACCAAAUUGUCCGCAAGUUUUGGUAGAUUGACCAAGUUGGUUAUCGCUGAUGCUUGUUGUCGAUUCAACUGGCUGAUGGAUUUGAUUGAUUGUUGUGCCCUAUUGAAGGUACUUGACAUUGAUAUUUUCUCACAUUCAUGCUGCGACAGUGACACAUGGAAGGUUCCUGUUAGUGUUCCCAAAUGCUUAUCAUCUAGUCUCACACAGGUUUCAUAUAGGGGAUUCGGAUGCGGACAUGAAAGUCAGAUGGCAUUUUUGGAGUUCAUUUUGAAUCAUGCUUCAGUGAUGGAAGGGUCAUAUCUCACGUCUAAAGUUACCGCAGAUUUGAAUAACCAUCUAGCAAAUCAACCAUGGCAGAAGGGAAGCGCUCCUUUAGUGAUGAUUUCAACACCGAAAACCCUGCUCCGCAGAAGAGGAUUCGGUUUCCAAAGGGGAAGAAAGAAAGAGAAGGAAGGAGACUAUGCCCAACAUCAUGAUCAGGAAGGUCCACUUGGUGCUGAAGAUCCUGUGUUGGUUGCUAAAGAGCGGAGAAGGCGGCGGGGUCAGAUGGCGGCAGAUCUUAUUGAAGAUGAAAAUACAGGGAUGAUUCCUGAUAUUACCAACGCUGAAGUUGAAUAUGAGGAUGAAGAGACGUUUGAAGAUUAUGACGGGAUCCAGCUAGAACCUUUUAAUCUGACCAAAGAAAGAGAAGAAGGGUAUUUUGAUGCAUCGGGAAACUAUGUGGCGUACAUAAAUGAGGAUGAGAUGAAGGAUGCAUGGCUUGAUGGAGUUGAAGCAAAUAAGAUUACUUAUGCUUCUCGGAAGGUGGUUAUUGAGGAUGAUGAUGCUGGUGAUCUUUCUCCUGACGACAUUGGGAAGAUAAAGAGUCGCAUUGCUGAUGCUCUUGAGCCUGAUGAAACCGUCUUGCAAGCCUUGAGGAGGUUGAAAGGGAUCUCAAACAACAAGAAGGAGAAGAUGUCCACGGAAACUAAGCAGAUUUUUGACCAGCUUACUGAAGAUGCAAUGAGGCUUAUGGAGAAUGGGUACAAUGUAUAUGAUGAAAUACAAGAAACUUUCCAGCGUGAAGCAGUGGGCUCUAUUGUUAUGCUGCCUCUGGAUAAUGGUAAUGUACCUUAUUCUUUUUGCUGA